CCUCAGAGCAGUUGGUUGGUGCUCGUCAGUCACUCGCCAGCAUCCCUCCAACGAAGCAACAUCGCCGCCAUCACACCACUACCACCACCCCCACCAUCACCACAUCAGCCUCUUGCUCACUCGACCCGUUGGCCUAAAUAACUCUAAUAUCGUCCAAUCUACCAGUUCCGUCGCUUGACAAACUCUGCCAGUAUGCCCUUGCAUGGCCCCCGCCGCCCGCUGCCCCUGGAGUGGGUGGCUGCGCCGAGGCUGUUCCAGUGUGCCGCCCUUGCCCACCCCAAGGCCCCCGCCCUACGUGACGCCGCCGACCCUGCCUGGCUCACCUACCACCAGCUGGACCGCGCCGCCAACAAGCUCGCCAGAUGUCUCCUGCGGCGUCUCCAUGGCGUGCCCUGCGCCAACCCCGACGGUGACAGAGUGGUGGCCGUGUGCUUCCCGCCCUCCGCCCGCCUCGUCACCGCUCUGCUCGCCAUUCAUAAGACAGGCGCAGCUUACCUCCCCCUCGACGUGACCUUCCCGGCGGCGCGCACGGCCCACAUCCUCGCCGACGCCCGCCCCGCCCUGCUCCUGGUACACGGCUGCCCCCAAGCGGCGGAGGUAGCGCUGGACCAGGGGACACCCGUGCUGCACCUCGAUGACCUGGCCGACGAGGUGAAGGCGUGCAGUGGCGAGACACUGGGCGAGAAGGAGGUGGGGACGCGGCUCUCUGGUGACUCCAUCGCCGUCAUCCUCUACACGUCGGGCUCCACGGGGGUGCCAAAGGGCGUCAGGGUGCCACACAGGGCGCUGCUCAACCGUCUGGCCUGGCAGUGGCACACCUUCCCCUACCAGCAAGGAGAGGUGUGCUGCUUCAAGACGGCGCUCACGUUUGUCGACUCACUUAGCGAGAUCUUCGGUCCAUUGCUCACCGGUCACAGCCUGGUGGUGGUGCCGAAGGCUAUGAUUCAGGCGGUGGACGACCUGGUCACGGUGCUGGACGAGGCCAAAGUGGGCCGCCUCGUCCUCGUGCCAAGCCUCCUGCGCUCCAUCCUCCUCCACUGCUCCUCCUCCCCCACCGCCCCCAAGCUCAAGACCCUCAGGCUGUGGGUGUGCUCCGGUGAAGUGCUUCCCGCCGAUAUGCUUCACGCUUUCUUCAAAACCUUUACUAACGGCCAGACCAUCUGCAACUUUUACGGAUCAACGGAGGUCAUGGGCGACGUGACCUACUUACAGUUUCAUGACCCUCGCGAGGCCACCGCCAGACUGGUCAAGAACAAGGUGCCAAUUGGUUCUCCCAUCGACAACUGUAGGAUUUAUCUGCUCGGGGCUGACGGGCAGGUGGUGAAGGAGGGCAGGAAAGGGGAGGUGUGCGCCGCCGGCCUCAACAUCGCUAGUGGCUACGUAGGCGGGGCUCAGUCGGACAAGUUCAUCCCUAACAAACACGACAAUGACCCAGAGUACAACGUUCUCUACCGCACGGGGGACUUCGGGAGGGUGGUUGACGGGGCCCUGGUUUUCGAGGGACGCGCCGACACCCAGAUCAAAGUAAGAGGUCACCGCGUAGAUCUGAUCGAGGUUGAUAUGGCGGUCAAGAAGGUCAAAGGCGUGGACAAGGUCACCAUAAUCUGCUACAGCCCCGGCGAGAUCAACCAGGUCCUCCUUGCCUUCUACACGAGUGACGAGAGCGACCUACAACCGGAAGACCUGAAGGACCAGCUAGAAACUCUCCUGCAGCCCUACAUGGUGCCGCAGGUGCUCCGCCUCCAAGACUUUCCGCUGCUGGUGAACGGUAAGGUGGACCGCCAGGAGCUGCUCAGGGUGUACGAACGACAGGCUGAAGGAGACGCCGAAGACAUCCAGAUCGACUUGGCGGGCGUGCAGGCGGGGUCACAGGAGGAGGAGGCCGCCCGCACACUCCUGCUGACGGUGGGGCGCGUGCUGGGUCCUGCCGUAUCCAAGGGGACGAGUCUGUCUCUCGAUACCAACUUCUUCAAUAUCGGCGGCAACUCCCUCAACUCCGUCUCGACUAUCAUGGCUCUCAAGGACCAGGGAUACGUCGUUGGUAUUGGCGAGUUCAUGAGGGCAACUUCACUAGGGGAGGUGCUGGCCAGUAUGAGAAAGGUGGCGGACGAUGAAGGGGACGAGGAGGAGACGGAAGUGGAGGAAAGUGGAGCGCCCGUGUGCAGUAAGGGGACGAAGCUAGACCAAUACACGGUGACGAGGCUCGCUACUCACCACAAGGACCAGGUCUUCGACCUGAUCGCGAACAGCUUCUCGAAGAAGGGUGACCUGGAAGUGUAUCUUGGCUGCGAGCCUUGGGAGUACAAAGUGCUACUGGAAUCCGGCUGGACGAGGCUGGUGGAGGACGAGCUGAGCUACGUGGUGACGCGAGCAGACAAGCCGGAGGUGGUGGUGGGCUGUUCCCUCAACUUCGAUGUGUGGAAGGAGCCAGAGCUUGAGGCGUCCCCGAAGCUCAACAUCGUGCUGGAGUUCCUCGAGGAGAUGGAGCGCCCUUGCAGGGAGAAGCUACCCAAAGGACCUGUGUUGCAUAACUUCAUGGAGGGCACCUUGAUCAACACCGGACCAGCGGAAAACGUGGAACUGAUGGAGUUUAUGGAACGGGAGAACAUACGGAUGGCGAAAAGCUUAGGGUUCGAGGCGGUCUUCACAACCAACACAUCUCCUCUCACUCAGCAAAUGUGUGAUGACGUGCUCUCGUUCACCGUCCUCCACAACCAGCAGGUCAACAAGUACGUGGCCCCGGACGGUACAAAACCCUUCGCUGCCGCCAGUGACUCCCAAUACGCCAUUACCAUCGUCAAGCUUCUGUGACCGAGAGGUUAAAAAAGAAAGGAAUAGUGGACAGGUGGAGCUAGGACAUGCGCAAACAGAUAGGUAAAGGGAAAGUACAUCAACAGGAAGACAGACAGGUGGGGGAAGUGGUAAUGGAAGAAAAUUAGUCAGCAAAGGAGAGCAGACAUGCAAGCAUCUGUGGGUAGAUUAAAGGGUUUGGAGGUCGUUAUGGGGGUAGUGGUAGCAAUGGUGUGUGUGUGUGUUCGAGGAAUUUUUUUAGAAGGAUUUACCCCCUAAAAAGGGGGAACGGGCCUUUGUCUAUGCGACGGCCCGUCGCAGGGGGGAACCCGCCGCUGGCGUGCGGCGGGUGUAGGGAAGCCUCCGCCGCCGCCACAGCCACGGGCAAAGAGGCCAAGGGUAAAAGCCGGCGAGCAGUGACGGAGGCACGGGCUCUCUGGGCAGGCGCCCAGCAGACACCCGUAGCGGUACUCGUGCGAGCAGCCGACUGGUCGACUUGACCACGGAGGGGUGGCCAUAAGCGAGGAUGACCCCACGGGUCCACCUCGCCUCCGUAGAAGGGCCACCCGGCUGCUCGCCCGAGGAGUGCUGGCGUUCCACUGUUCGAGGAAUAAUUACAAUCCUACUGAGAAAGACGAGAGCAAUAAGACAUAUACGUGCCUUUCAUACUCUAGCCUACUUGUAUUAUUUUUUUCAAGGAGCCGUUGACGAUAUAACCAUGAAGGAUGAGCCAAAAAAGAGACACAGUUUCGUGAUCGAUAGUACGUAUUUGUUAAGAAUUAGUAGAGAUGUUACUUGUUGGUUAUAGUAAUGCUGCUAUAGUCUAUCGAUUUUAACUUCGAUGCCCUUGGGCGCUCCUCAGCAGGGAUUCCCAACGGGACCGCGCUGGUGCCACAUCACUCCAUUACUCUCCUCAGAGGGGGUCUCUCUCUCUCAUUCUCUCUUGCAUGGCUGUGCGGCCUGGCGCCUGUUGCCAAGGUCCGUCUGCCAGCAACGUCGCAUGAGCCACGUGCCAAGUGAUAUGGAAGGUUUACUGAGUCGUUGUUUUUCCUUCUAAUCCCAAGCCAUGCAUAACACCAUGCAGUCGUAAUAUAUAUAUAUAUAUAUAUAUAUAUAUAUAUAUAUAUAUAUAUAUAUAUAUAUAUAUAUAUAUAUAUUCAUAUCAUAAAUAGAUAACGUACAGACUAUCACUGAGACAGAUCACCAUGCGCUGGUUAUCGCUAGAUCUGUAAAUAAUGGGGGUUUCCCCGGGCCAAGCCUCAGGGCUCAAGUUAGAGUCGAUGGACUAUAAGGAGAAAGGAAUCCCGUUAUUUUUUUAAAGUUAUAACAUGAGCCAACAUAUUCCACUUGACUCAAGAGUGGGUAGUUACAACAAUGCGCACAUUACGCAAUAUGACAAUAAAUAUAUAUAAUUUGAAUAAAACAUAGCAUGAA